AUGUCUGACCCUAAGGGAUACACCGUCGGUUGGAUCUGCGCGAUCAGCACAGAAUUUACUGCGGCGCAAGCCUUUCUUGAUGAGGAGCACCAAGCACCAGAUUCCCUCUCGCCUGCUGACAAUAACGACUACGCGUGUGGCAGGGUUGGAAAACACAUGGUCGUCAUUGCCGUUUUACCGGAUGGGGAAUACGGUGUAUCUUCCGCAGCAAAUGUCGCGAGAGACAUGUUACAUAGCUUUCCUAAUAUUAGGGUUGGCCUGAUGGUAGGCGUCGGCGGCGGUGCACCAAGUCCAAACCACGACAUUCGUCUUGGAGACAUAGUGGUCAGCACUCCUCGAAAUGGGAACAGUGGGGUUUUCCAUUAUGACUUUGGCAAAGCCAUACAGGGUCCAUCCUUCCAAAACACAGGAGUGUUGAACCUGCCACCAAGUGCCCUCCGCGCUGCUGUCAGCGGACUCAAGAGUCAGUAUGAGAUCGGCGGUCAUCAGCUAGGAGAGGCUAUCGACAGGGUUUUGGAGAGGAAUCCAAGACUGCGGAAGAAGUACAAGCGACCGGAACCAGCUAGCGACAGGCUGUACCGAAGCGAAUUCAUCCACCCUCUGGACAAGGAAGCCGGCUGCGCAGUAGCCUGCGGAGAUAACUUGUCUCGCCUGAUAAUGCGACACGAACGUACAGCGGAUGAAGAUAAUCCAGCAAUCCACCAUGGCUUGAUUGCUUCAGCAAAUCAGUUAGUGAAAGAUGCUUCGUUUCGGGAUCGAUUUGCGGCGGAAAGGGAUGUUCUGUGCUUUGAGAUGGAAGCAGCGGGGCUGAUGAACCACUUUCCUUGCCUUGUCAUUCGCGGUAUUUGUGAUUACGCAGACUCCCACAAGAAUAAGGAUUGGCAAGGAUACGCAGCCCUGGUAGCGGCUGCAUACGCGCGGGAUCUUCUCCAUAAACUCACUCCCAAAAGGGUUGAAAACGAGAUGAGGAUUACAGAAGUUCUUCGUGGUAUCGACGCAACUGUCUCCAGGGUCGAAUCAAGUGUCAACGUAAUGAAUUCACGAUUAGAUAGGACAGAAGAGCUUAAAGUACUCGAUUGGUUGACCCCGGUUAAUUACGGCCCCCGACAAAGUCAUUUUCUUAGGUCAAGGCAACCAGGGACUAGUCAAUGGCUUAUUGAGUCAGUUAAGUACCAUGAUUGGCGAAAAGGGGAUAAGAAGACGUUGUUAUGCUCAGGCAUUCCUGGAGCUGGGAAGACGAUCCUAACCGCGGUAGUCAUUGACGACCUCACCGCGCAAUGCACAAGUAAACACGAUCUUGGCCUGGCAUAUAUUUACUGCGACUUCCUGCGAAAGAAGGAUCAGAACGUUGAAAAUUUACUGGCGAGCAUUCUGAAACAACUAUCACACUUCCGGUCUCCACUACCAACAAGCGUGAAGAAACUCUACGAACAACAUCAAGAUAGAAAGACACGCCCAUCAUUGAACGAACUGGUCAGAGGUUUACAAUCUGUUGUGUCAUCAUAUACGAAAGUUUUUGUUGUCAUUGACGCGCUUGAUGAAUGCGGGACUGCAGACGACUGCCAAAACGUCUUCUUAUCCCAACUUUUUGAGAUUCAGAAGACUUGUCCUAUGAACAUACUGGCCACUGCGAGGCCAAUUCCAGAAAUUGUGAAGAGUUUCAGAGGCGACAACCUGGAAAUUCGUGCGCAUGAAAGCGACGUGGAGAAAUACUUGGAAGGGCGUAUUUCAAUGGCAAGAUCAGAGCUCUUACAAAAACACAAGGAGGAAAUCAAGAGAAGAAUCACAGAACUUGCAGAUGGAAUGUUCUUGCUCGCACGACUUCACUUCGAGUCCAUAAAAACAAAGACGACACUGAAACAGAUCAGCGCGACAUUGUCAAAGAUUUCAAAAGGACCCGAGGCAUAUGAAAAAGCAUAUGAUGAUGCUCAGUACAGAAUCCAUGGCCAAAAUCCUGACGCAUCAAAACUUGCAAUGGACGUCUUGAUGUGGAUCACUUGCUCUAAGAGGCAACUUAGCUCUAGUGAGCUUCAGGAGGCGCUCGGAGUGGAGCCGGGGAUAUUGUUCCUGGACAAAGACAAUGUCCCGCAGGUUGAUGACAUGCUUUCUGUAUGUGCUGGGCUAGUCGAGGUUGACAAAGAAAGCCGGUUCAUCCGUUUAAUACACCAUACCGCGCAGGAGUAUUUUGAGAGGAAUAAAAGUCAUUGGUUCCCCUCCGCAGAGUCCCAUUUGACGAUUAUUUGUUCUACAUAUCUGUCGUUCGAGACUUUUGAGGCUGGAUUUUGUGUCAAUGAUGAAGACUUUGAGAGACGACUUCAAGAAAAUCCUCUCUAUGACUACGCUGCGCGAAAUUGGGGACAUCAUGCCCGUGCAGCUGGUAGAGAAACAGCAACUAUCGUCCAAGGGCUUCUUCAAAGUAAAACAAAGGUUUCUGCCUUGUGUCAGGCUCUGACAGUCUCUAAACGCAAGUGUUACUCGGGUUAUAGCCAAGGCAUAAGGCAGAUGACAACCCUUCACCUGAUCGCCUUUUUUGGAAUCAAUGAGGCCGCGUCCCAAGUCCUCAAAAAUCAGACAUUCUGGGAUGGGAGGGAUAGUGACGGUCGGACUCCACUAUCUUGGGCAGCCGAGAAUGGACACCAGGCCAUCGCCGAGCUGCUUCUUGAGAAGGGUGCCUCAGUGAGGUCGAGAGAUAAUUACGGUCGAACCCCGCUUUCCAGAGCUGCAGGCAAGGGACAUGAGAGCAUUAUCAAGCUACUUCUUGAAAGACGCACAAGCUUUCUGCGGGAAUUUUUAAUUAUCCCAGAGAUGCCAAAAUGGAGUACAGCCAAACUUAUCCCGUCUAUCCUGGGCCAUCUCUCUACCCCGAGCCUAUCUCUGCCAUUCCAAAGCAUGAUAGCUUUCGCUCUCGCAUUUCAGGCAUGUGAAUUUUGGAGAGGAAGGGUAAAAAUGAUAGAUCUAGACGAUGAUGCCGGGAGAAUUCCCCUUCACUGGGCAAUUAUGAAUCACCAUACUCGAUCUGUGGACUUGCUGUUGCAACGAGAGACAUCAAUUGAUUUAUGUGAUAAAGAGUCCAAGUGUGCUUUCCAUUUUGCUGCAGAAAUUGGGAACCAGAAACUUGUCCAACAGCUUAUCCAAAUUUCCGAGAUGAUUGAAGCAAAAGAUUAUCAUGGGCGAUCGCCACUACUGUGUGCAGUGGAGAAUUUGCAGGCCGAAGUGAUUCAUUCACUUGUUCAAGCAGGAGCACGAGUGAAUGUUGUCAAUAAUAAGCAUCAAAAUCCAUUGCAUCUCAUCUGUCGGAGCCCCAGGCAUAAAGAUCGUUUUCCACUGCUGAAUUAUUUUAUUUCUCAAGGAGCAUCUACAGGCCUUUGUGAUGUGAAUAACAUGACACCCUUUUUGUAUGCUUUGGAAAAUCGGGCGGAAGAUCUUGCCCAACUCCUCCUCGACACAGGAUUUGAUGUGAACUUUAGACUACACAGAAAAUCUUGGACCAAAAGGAUGGAAAAUCAUCUUGUGACUUACAAGGUUGAUGAAAGCUUCGAGAAACCAAUGAGAGGAGACGACUCUGUCGGAUUGACUGCACUUCACUUUACAGCUCUGAACGGGAUAUUGGGAAUGACUGCACUUCUGCUUAACCGUGGUGCUGAUCCAAAUGCCAUAGACGAAUAUGGUGACACGCCUUUACAUUUGGCAAUUCGAUGCCAGGUAGGAGGGCACAGGUAUGAUGACCCCUGGGUGACUGGAGAGUAUAUGGUGGAGACUUUAUCCGACAUUAUCACCGAUCAUGAAGAAGAAGGGAACGAAGUAUGGGCAACGAUUGAUGAAAUGAGAGAAAAGACAGUCCUGCAGCUUUUGGAAAGUCGAUCUAUUGAUAUCAACAUUGCAAAUAAUGACGGGCAAUAUCCACUACAUGUGAUUCCGUUCGAUGCAGCACGCGCAUACCAUGGCUGUAUCAUCCUAUCAGCACUUCUCUACCGUGGAGCACAAAUUUCCAGCUUGAAUUCUGAGCGUCAAACUUGCCUUCACCUUGCUAGCCAGGCAGGAAAUGUGGAAGCUGUUCGCAUACUCUUGGAAAAGGGAAGCGACAUUACGUUACUCGAUGUACACAACUUGAGUCCGGUCCACUAUGCUGUUUGCCACAACCGCUCAGAUGUCCUACGACUCAUGUCCGAAAAGUGCCACGAGGAACUCUCAAGAACCUGCGCCCAGGAUAAUCAUCUAGGGAAGAGCAUGUUACACUACCAUGCUGAAUCACCGAUGUGCUCCAUUGAGACCAUCAGUAUUCUCAUGGAAUUUGGCUGUGAUGUAGACAGACUCGACUCGGAGGGCAACUCAGCACUCAGUCAAUAUUUAAGAUCUUUCCAUGUGCUAUUGAGACAUGACGUCUUCCAGCUUCUGCAUAAGCAUUCAAGUCCGGAAGGCAUACGUUGGACGGACCAGAAGCAACGAAAUCUUCUACAUCUCUUGAUGCGACAGUGGAGCGAUGACAACGUUCAUAUUCUUAAGGUUCUGAUGGGGCUCGUGGACAUAACGGCGCAGGACGCUGAUGGCAUGGGUAUUGAACAUCAUGGCGCGAUUCAUGGUGCAUUCAACAAAUCUCUUACACAAUUCCUUAGACACAGGGGCUUACUUAAUCUCCAUGCCAAGGAUAUCAGUGGCAAAACACCUCUUCAAUAUGCCGAAGAAGAAGCCAACCGAGCGCGUCACCCGGAUCUUUUUGGAGGUCAUAGGUGGGAGAGGUCUUGGCAGAAUUUAAGGAAUGGCGAUGAGAAUAAUGAUUGGCCUACGUGCGAUCUUAGUACUCCAACCUACAUUGUACGAUGAUAUGUCAAGUCAUGAUAGUGUGGAACUGGGCUGAGUCAGUAGCCUUCUUCCCUGAUGGCCGGCUGCGGGCGUCUAGCUCCGAUGAUCAGACAAUCCGGCUCUGGGAUCUGGCCACGAGGGCCAUACGGGCCAGGUCUAGUCAGUAGCCUUCUCCCCCGACGGUCGGUUGCUGGUGUCUGGCUCCAAAGAUAAUACAGUACGGCUCUGGGAUAGGUUAGCGUCUCAGGGGACCUUCGCUGUAAUUUAGACCGACUUUGACUUAUAUUGUAUCUAGACAAGACAAUUUGGAGGAGAUUUGUAUAAGAUCCAAUAUCACCACUAUAUCAAUACCU